AUGAACAAACUCCAGAGCGCGGCUUUCCGCGCGGCGGUCCGGCCCCGGGCGGUCCUUCGCUACAGCUCCACGUUGGCGGAGGAGCCCCACAACCAGAAGCUCCAGAGAGAAAAGGCCCUCGCAGAAGCGUUGGCCAGAGAGGAGGAAAACUUCCGCAAGGAGGCCAAAUUGCGAACCUUGAGAGAGCAGAGCAAGGCGUCGAUCGCACGCUUGAACACGGCUCCCGUCGACGAGAUGGCCAAGCGCGUGGAGGCCUUGAGUGCCCAGUUGGCAUCCAUAAACCAAGACAAGGUCAAGCAGUUGGACCAGGAAAUCGAGGAGUAUUUGUACAAGAACCUCCGUUUGCCCGAGUCCGAGCUUUUAAACCAGCCGUGGGCGGAAAAGUCCGCUAGAUCCGACACCGGUGCAGCUGCCACUGAGACCUCUUCCGAUGACAUUUCGAGAACGAUCCAAAGUACAACCAGUAGCAAGUAUACAAACAAGUACCCGGGGUUGAAGGUCACUCCCGACUAUAAGCCAUACUCCAAGCAGGAGUUGUUCUUGAGACACUUGAACCAUAUGAAGCGCAGUGGAGGCUUCGGCGCCGAGUUGAAAGACAUCUACAUCCCCAGCAAAGACGUUCUCGAUCCCCAGACUGUGUCUGAGUUGUCGAUUGCAUCGCUCAUGGCUGCUGGUUGUCAUUUGGGCCAUGCCAAACAGAUGUGGAGAUCUUCCACCCAACCGUUCAUUUAUGGAGAGUACAAUGGUGUCCAUUUGAUCGACUUAAAUGAGACUCUUUCCGCACUUAGGAGAACCGCAAAGGUCGUCAAGGGUGUUGCUAAAAAGGGUGGUGUCAUUCUUUAUGUCGGAACCACCAGACUCCAAGAACAGCUUGACGCUUUGGAGGCUGCCGCCAAGAGAAGUAAUGGAUACUACGUGUCCCACCGCUGGAUUCCAGGAACCAUCACGAACUUCACCAAGGUCACCCAGCAAUGUGGUGGUGCUCAGCGUGUCGAGGUCAACCUUGGAGACAAGAGCACCAACAGAUCCUUUGACUCGAGAGAUGAAACCAUCAUCAAGCCAGACUUGGUUGUGUUGAUGAACCCAGUCGACAACAGAUACUGUAUCCGUGAGUGUAUUAAGCUGAGAAUCCCCACCAUUGGUUUGUGCGACACAGACAUGGAGCCAUCUCUCUUGACCUACGCCGUUCCAUGUAAUGAUGACUCCAUGAGAGCAAGUUCUCUCGUUUUGGGAGUUUUGUCCAAGGCCGCCGAGGAGGGUGUUGAGGAAAGACGUCUGCAAUUCUUGGCUUAUGAGCAAGCCAAGAAGCUGUCGUCGAUCCAGAGAAGACAAUAG